AUCUCACAAACCAGUGAGAGAGCUAUCGAUUCAAAAAAACCAAAUCCGACAAUGGCGGCCUCCCCGAAUAUUCCACCCACUCUUUCCCGCUACAAAUUCUUCUCUACUUCCGUCGUUGAGAACCCUAACUUCUCUCCACAUCAUCACAAUAUCGAUAACCGUCGGCGGAGACUGAUCAAAUCGCAUCUUCAAGCGCAGAACAAUACUACCGCUAUCAGCUACGGCGGUCCUCGGACGGAACUCGCCUCCUCGAAGAAGCUAUGGAUCAGGCAACAACGAAGCUUCAGCGAAACGGAGGUUGAGCAAGGACAAUUAGGAGAUGAUGAAGAAGAAGAGCUAGAGGCGAGCCUGCUCUCGUUGAGCGUGAAGCCGGACAGAAACAUGGCGUUGCUCGACGAUUACGAGAUGGAGGAGCUUGGCCACACUCCUCCUGAUACUAAUCAUCGCAGCGGAUACGUGGCGGUGGUUGGGAUGCCGAACGUGGGGAAAAGCACGCUUUCGAAUCAAAUGAUUGGUCAGAAGAUCUCCAUUGUUACUGAUAAACCUCAAACCACGAGGCAUCGGAUUCUCGGUAUCUGCUCUACCCCUGAUUAUCAGAUGAUACUUUAUGAUACGCCUGGUGUAAUCGAGAAGAAGAUGCAUAGGUUAGACACUAUGAUGAUGAAGAAUGUGCGUGACGCUGCCAUCAACGCCGACUGCGUUGUCAUUCUUGUUGAUGCUUGUAAAACGCCUGCUAAUAUAGACCAAGUCUUGAAAGAGGGCUUGGGAGACCUCCAAAAGAGGCCACCCAUGCUCCUUGUUAUGAACAAGAAAGAUCUCAUUAAACCUGGUGAGAUUGCCAAGAAACUCGAGUGGUAUGAAAAAUUUACUGAUGUUGAUGAAGUUAUACCUGUGAGCGCAAAGUACGGACAUGGAGUAGAGGAUGUGAAAGAGUGGAUCUUAUCCAAACUUCCCUUUGGCCCACCUUAUUAUCCCAAGGAUAUUGUGAGUGAGCACCCAGAGAGAUUCUUUGUUACUGAGAUCGUUAGAGAGAAGAUAUUUAUGCAGUACCGAAAUGAAGUUCCUUAUUCAUGCCAGGUGAACGUGUUGAGCUACAAAACUAGACCAGCUGCAAAAGAUUUUAUUCGAGUGGAAGUAGUAGUGGAUAAAAAUUCACAGAAGAUCAUCCUUAUAGGAAAAGAAGGGAAAGCUUUGAAGACGCUAGCAACGGCUGCUCGACUUGACAUUGAAGAUUUCCUUCAGAAAAAAGUCUUCCUUGAGGUGGAAGUGAAAGUGAAAGAGAAUUGGAGACAAGAUGAGGGACUUCUCAAGUACUAUGGAUAUGGAGGACAGAUCAGAGCUAUGUAAGUAAGUAAGUAGUGUGUCGUGAUCUGUUGCCUUCAAAUGGGGUAUUAUGAAGAAGAUUAGAAAGAGCAAAUGGUAGGGCUCGGUCAGCUUUUUUCCCCCAUUUUGUUUUGUUUGUAUUUAACCGAUACGGCUCAGCCUCAGGUUAGCUUUUGUUUUCAAUCUCAAUCCAGGAAAAUUAAAACUCCUUUUACUUCUUUUGUUUUGUUCCACUAAACUAACCACCGAAUAUUUAUUUCAUAAUCA